UUAACUAAUAGUGUUUGCAGUGGAUUGGGAGAUUUUCAGCUUAAAGACGUAUUUUUUUUAAAGGAAGAACUCGAAAUAGAUUUAACAUUACUUUUCCCAAAACUAGUUAUGGAUUCAGAUACCUAUCAAAUGAAGGGAUAUAGUUUUGGCUUGCCUAUUUUUGGUGAGGGUAGACUCAGGUUUGAGGUACAAGGCUUGGAAAUAAAGAGUAAAAUUUAUUUAACACUAUCUGAAAAUCGAAUAGCGACGUUGAUUGAGAAUUUUGAAAAUCCACAGUUCAGCGUUCGAAAAAUACUUUCGAACACGGAAUUUGAUGGCACCAUUGACUGUAUAAUUAACAACAUCGUAAAGGACGUCCUAGCAACAUAUAUAACUAGAUUUAACAAAUAUAUUCUAUACACAUAUUCUGAAACUAUUAAAAAUUAUAUAAAUGUGUUUUUGGAUAGAUUUGACACUUGGAGAAUUGUAUCUUCUUUACUAUGA